GGCAGCUGUUUAAGAGAGGCCUACUCGAGGCUGGCGCCGAAUGCUGCGGACAUAAACGGGUUGGCCUGCCGCCUGGAGGUCAGCAAAGAUCUUCAUGGUGGACAGAAGAGUGCAAUGGCUCCUAUUCGUGGCCGUGGCGGUGCCUACGAAGAGGGGUUCGUCAUCGAGCACACCCGCGAACGGAGGAGAGGUGCAAAAAGCAGAGCGCUUUUGGCUGCGUGGAUUCGUCGUGACAAAAUGCUGAUGGAGUCUCUUUUGGAGUUACAUGAGGAGUUCACGGUCCUCGAGCUUCUAAAGGUCGCAACGUUGCUGGACUCUGACCGCAGUUCGCGAUGUCUAGAAAGACGGAUGGCUUGUCUGAAGCGCGAGAGCGCGAAGGCUGGUCAAAAGGGUAAAAGUCGCUUGGGCAGGAAGAUCGACUACUUAAAAAGGGAAGUGAACAAUCGGAACAUGCUUAAGAUUGAGGUACAGUUUUGUUCAUGA